AUAUAUCGCUCGUCAUUUGCCGAAUACUUUAAUGAUGGGGGCGUUUGUGUUAUUCUUAUUUUUAAUUUACAUAAAUGAAAAUAUUGCAAUAAUACCAAACGAACAGACGUUUCCAUUAAAUGUUAAAUCGAAAGUGUCACCGGCUGCUCCAUAUAAUCUCCCAAUACGAAGAUAUAAGGAAGAAUAUUACGACCCUUUUCUGCAUGAUAUUAACUCUGAAACACAGAACAGGAAGGAAUUUUUCGAUAAUCCUUCCUAUAGAUUCUAUAAGGAUGACGACAGUUUGAAAUCCGAAAGAUUUAACUUCAAACUUCCUCCGCAAUCUAGAAGAGAUAAUGAAUAUAGAACAUUAAAAAGAAAUCCUGAAAUUUCACCAGAAAAUCAUUGUCUUCAGUCAAAAAUAAAUUACAAUGAUUUUUCUACUCAAGAUCUAUACCCCAGUAAAGAAAUGGCAAAUGCUGAAAAGCCCAAUUGUAGUAAUCGAGAAAAUGUUCUAAAAAGUAAAACCUUGGAUAUGGAGGAGGAUAUAGCCAAAAUACAACAUAAUCCCGAUAAAUUUUAUGGAAAAAAUAACUAUACCUCCCAUUAUUAUGAGAGAUUGGAUAAUCCUAAAACUAAUGAAAACAGAAUUUCUAACCCUGAAUACGAUGCACAUUUAAAGUUGCAUAACAAUUCUUUUAUGCAGAUUCCUUUAAAAGCUGAAUAUAGUUUAGAUAAUGCUUACAUGCCACACAUUUCUCAAGUAGAGUGUAGGGGAGUCAAUAAAAAUUAUAGUGAGUUUUCAGAAAGAAUUCCUCUUGAUAAUAGGCACAUAAAUAAGAAACCAGGCACUAAUUUACCUGGAAAUUAUAGGACAUCCAAUGAAGCUGUCGAUUUUAAAGAUCAAACUCGUUUAAAGCAUUCGCUUACGUCUUCAGCAAGUGCUGUAGAAAAUAGACUACUUACCUCUCACAUAACAAAAACAUUUGAAAAAGUAAAAGGAGACGAGGAAAAUAUACCUGAUGGCCCUCUAAAUGAUAUUCCUUUUUGGAAAUCAAAUAAAAAAUAUAUGAAUAGCCUCGAAAACAAAUUGAGAAACUUAUAUGCUGAUAAUCAUACUAAAGAUGUACAAAAUAUUAUCGAACAGUCUAAGACUACAUUGGCUCCUUCGAUGUUACCUCAGCAAAUAGUAAGUCAGCAAAUAAACAAUACAAAACCUUUUGAAUCUCACAAAACUUAUGAUAAUAGUUCUUUAUCGACUACUCCUGGGGUAACAGGGAUUUCUCUGAGUGAUAAAUCUCGCAACAGGCUCAAUGAAAAUCCUGGUCCUUCCGUUCAUCAGACGUGCACCGAAACAAGACACGAAAAUAGUUUUAGUAACAGAACGAUGGAAGAAAUGAACCCUGCAAAAUUUUUAAGACGACAAAUACAGACCACGGCAAACCAGAUUAUUCCCUCUCAUUAUGACAUGGCUAAAAAUUCUAAACCAAUCGGAGCAACACAAGAAACACCACAACGUUACGAUAAGUUGUACAGAUCACCUACAUUUGAUGUUAAUUCUAAACUUAUUAACGAUUGUAUUCGGCCAAUCAACGUAAAUAAUCAUAAUGGAAGUAAUAAACAAAUGAAACACGAUAUGUUAAAUUUAAAAUCGUCAGUACCUCUGAAUGGUUUUGACAUAAGGAACAAUACUUCUGAACGUAUCAAAGCGAUCUACUAUCCAAGCAACAAUAAAUCUUCCCUUUUAUAUAACGGAAGUAAGAACAAUGUUAAUUGCGAUUGUAUAAGAACCAACGCUGAAGGAGUUUUCAUCCAACCAAAUUUAGCAAUAGACAAUUCAUUUGUUAAAUGUGAUAUAAAAAACAUCGUACCGGAAAGCAUUGAAAGCUCAUUAAAUCAAGUACCACGUUGUUAUCUCGGAAGAAAUAAUUUGACAUCAAGGCAAGAUGGUGAUUCUAUUAACCAAGAUAUAAGUGGAGUAGUAUAUAAAAUACCUGAAGUGCACCCAUCGAUAGAUGAACCAUAUAUAAUACAUCCUAAUUCGAUUUCGAAAAAUUAUAUGGAAAAUCUAAGCAAUUCUAAUAAAUAUUAUGCGCUUCCGUCUCUAACAUCUCCUAUAAAUCUUAACAAUGAAGAUAAGGGAAGAAUGUAUACCUCUCCAAUGUAUGUACAACCAACUCCUAUUAAAGUUUAUCCUCAACAAACUACCAUUAAUGUCAAAUCAAUACACAAUACACCAGUAAUUUCUGCUGCGCCUUAUACAGUACAAGCUCCAAAAUACUCAUUUUAUGAAAUCAAUAAACCAAAAGUUACUUUUCUUAAUCCCACAAAAUCCCAGAAUCCAGAAGGUUAUAAAAACCCCACAGUCACAACAAUCGCACCAAAAGUACUACAACAAAAUGACUCAAAAUUAAAUCUGAUAAAACCAAAAGGUUCUAAUGUUUUGGCAAACAAUGGGUACCAGGUCCAUUCUCCUAUUAAUAAAUAUAACUCGCUUUUAAGCGCUUCCUUAAAUAAUAUAACUUCAGUUAUUGUUUCUAAUAUUCUAUCAAGUUUCAACAAAGAUAUUUCUAAAACGUUAAAGAAACCAUUAUGCCAAGGCUCCAACGUAACGCCAAUAUCAUGUGAAAUACCAACUUUUGAAGUGACGCAUCCUUGUAUUGAAUCUCCUAGGUAUUUACCAAAGACGCCAAUAAAAAUAAGAAAAGAUAAUUCUACAAGCACUUCCACCAAUAAAUCAUCUAAACCGAGUGUAUCUACGAUAACAAUUAAUGUUUUACCACCAGUACAGCAAAUAUCCAAUGAUAUUAUUAUACUUGUAUAAUUAUUAGGGUUAAUUAUUUAUUUUAUAAUAGUGACUGUUAACUAUUUGUACAUUAAAAUAUCUUACAC